ACGAGUACAAAGUACUACAACAUCCUUACGCCAAGUUGCUUUCCCAAAAGCACUUGGUGUAACCUUGCGCUUCUCCUCACAAUUUCGCUGCUUUGGAGUGAGCACAUAUCCAUUCGGUUGCGCUCCAUUGCUGUAUGUCGGUCGCUCAUCUGUCUACAUCAGAAGCUAGUCACAAACCUCUAAGCUUGCACAGUUACAACAUUGUUGCGAUUAUGUCGUCUGGAGCCCCUAGUGCGUUUACAAGGCGUCCGACCGUUGGAGACUCGUUGCAUCCUAAGAAGGUGCUCGACAUGCACGAUAGAGAUUCGAUGUGGAGCAACGGUGCUGUGGUGUGCGACAAGUGGCUGAAACACGGCAAAUGCUCUCGCGCGAGGUGUCGUUAUGAACAUAGGCCCCUCCACCCCAACGAGAAGCCACCUUUGUGCGCUGAUCACUUCAAGAGGAGAGAUCCCUGUGGCCGCGGAGAUCAGUGUCCUUUGAUGCACAAUAUGACGGGUGUUGGGAAUUCCGAUGGUAGAAUUUCACCUGUUUCUUUCGAGAACGAUGCUGCUGCUGCCGGUAGGAGUGUCCAACCAAGGAGGAGUGAGAAUGAGAAUAUCCGUGCUCCGGCACCCAUAUCGCAGAAUGGAGAUACGGAAACCAUCAUUUCGAAAAAGGACAGACCCGACCUUCCGCUUUAUCAGCCUCCGCCUAGGCGCGAUUCGCAUAUGGAGACGACUGAUGGCCCACGAAGCCCCGGUUGGGAAUAUGUCGGACGUACCACGCUCAGUGCUUCGUUUGAAGCAAGGCCAACUGCUUGGCACCCGAGUGGCAGGGCCCAGCGCGAUUGGGGUAGAGGCUCCACGACUGCUAGCCAGGCCUCGAUCUUUGGAGGACUUCCGUAUGCAGUCCAGGCUGGACUCAAUCAAGAAGUCUUUACACAGCCCCGUGGUUUUGUUGCGGGACCGCAUCGAACUGGCUUCGCACCAGACUUCAUUCCAAAGUGCAUAUCCGGCGCGCUGAUCCCAGACAGAACAACACCCGGGCAGCUUGACAACCGCUCUUCACAUCACGUUGGGGCAUCGUAUGAACCCUGUUCACCGCCGGGGUUGUCCGGAGGUGUUCCGCUAUACCCAACUUCGAAUCCCAAGACCGACAGUGGCAAAGACGCUGGAAAAAGCUUAAUGCUGAUUACCAAGCUCGCGAACGAAGUUAACGACGAGAACCUGUCAUGCAAAGACACUGAGCAUGAAGAUGCAUUCUACCACCAAAUUCACCUGGUAGAAUUAAUCUGUGGACAGCACACCCGCACUUCUGGCUUGAAACCCCUCCCACGUGCCUUGCAUGAACGGGCCCCUUUUCUAGACGUUCAACCGAAGUUGCUCGAACAGCAGACCAUCAUGCCAGAAGUCACCAUUGAACAUGAGCCCACUAGUGGCGCCAACGAUCCUUCGAAGGCUAUCGGUCUACAGAUCACGCCGUCGAAGACUCAACCCAAAUUGGACAAACAACCAGAUGUCGUUCCAACGGUUGUUGUUGCGCAUGUUGUCACGAAUGGGGUCUCUAGGGCUAUCGGGGAAGUUUUGCCGCACAAAGCAGACGAACAGCCAGCAGACGAACAGCCGGCAGCCGUUCCAGAAGUCGCUAUGGCGGACAAAGUUUCCGGAGGUACCAGUGGAGGAACUUCGUCGUCCGAAUCGAACAAACAGCCGCCCAUUACCCCACAGGUCGCUGUUACCAAUGAUCUCCCGAUAGAUAUCACCCUACAGACCACCCAGCUUUCGGAUGACGUGCCACGGGCUAUCGGCAUACCCGAGUGGGAGAUUCAACGGUGCUUCAACUGCUUCCACGAAGGACACAAUUAUCACGAUUGCCGCAUGCCCAGGUUGGACGUUCUCACGAGAGAAAAAAUUCGCGACGAGCAAGGCGUGAUUAACCGUAGAUGGACGCAGGAUUUGUUGACGUUGCAUCGUCACAAUAUUCCUUCAGCAGUUAUUACAAAACAUCGCGGCUAUUCAAGGCUCUGGGAGCCGUACACCUCGGCUACAACUGGACGAUAUAUCACGCCUAGUGCAGCUUUCUUUUCCCAGCGAGCGACGAACAUCAACAACCAGGCGGAGAAAAAAUCAACCUGCAACAAAGGUGUCCAGACUGACUACGCCGUCUACGACCAGGGCGUUCGGGUUCGUCGACGCUCAUCGAGAAACAAGAAACACCGUAAGAAGGCGGAAGAGAAUAAGGCGGAGGAGAACACGGUGGAGGAGAACAAGGUGGAAUCCUCACCUAUUACACCGGAAAAGGAGACGGAAACAUGUUGGCUGUGCAAAGGGCGUCACCUCGGGUCUGCAUGCAAGGCAACGUCGCCUGACAGCGAUCCCGCUGACUGGGAGGACACUAAGUGGAUGCCUAACACCAAUGACUUGCCCCAGCUCCCGAAAAAGCACGCUUUGGGGCGCCAAAUCAGCCCGAAGCCAAUCAAGUCAUUGAAAUCGAAGAAAGGCUCGAAGCCCUCCUUGGUCAAGUCGGCGCUUGUCGACUCCAAAACCACAACCUACAAGGUCGAGAGGUCCGCGAAAGACGGUUUUCGGGAGUCUGGUGAUAAUGACGCUCCCUACGAGGAGACAGUAUUGGACCGUGAUGAUCUUACAGGGCUGGUGAAGUUGGACAAGGAGCGCAAGUCGAAAAGGAGGAGCUCUAAUAGUGGCCAGUCCAGCUCCGUUGGCAGCGCAACCUUUCAAUCUUCUUAUUUGUGCCGGUGCCCCAACGAGCUCUUAGAGUCCAUCUUCGCAUACGCCGCCGAUGGCGACGCAUAUACCGAGGACAAGAAGAUCAAGGACAUCGUUACCGGAAACAAAUGGGACAUUGAAGAGGGCGUCCAAGACACCUGGAGAAGGGCAAGAAACCUUGCGGGAGUUGUGAAAUCCUGCCGACAGCUGCGACUUGUUGCUCAACGUGUCAUCUACAGGGUCAUCUGCAUCAAGAGCUACAUUCCUCUGCGUGGCCUUGCUCGCACACUGACUGCGGAUCCGGAGCUGGGACAGAUGGUGCAAGUGCUCAAAAUCCAUCUGGAACAGACGACAAUCAGUUACAAGAAUCGCGGCGUGUACAGACACGAAAUGGUCAACAACGUUCAUGUCACGACUACGGAUUACGCCAGUUUCUUUGUGAGAAUCGUCGAGAGCUGCCGUAACCUUCAAAUCCUCUCGACCAAGUUGUAUGGGAGCGCUUUGGGAUUCGGAGCCUUAUUGGGAAGAUUCCGUCACAUGAGGGAAAUCGUCAUCUCCGAUGAGACGAGUUGUGGGCAGGUUCUCAAUAAGAUGUGGAAUCACCUGAUCAAUUUCCCGAAGCUGAACAAGUUCAAGAUCGUUCAUUCGCCCAUGAACGACUCAGUGGACUUUACCCCGCUCGAGAUCCCAUUUCACAUGGCGGAGAGAGGCCUCGAUUACGGUUUCCGGGCACUGAGUAACCUCCAACUCGAAAAUGCCCCUGAAGUCUCGGAUGCGUUACUCGUUUUCCUGGUGCGCCGAUUCUACGUUCUCAGUAAGCUCGCUAUCGUGAACUGCAAGCUCGUGACAUCCGCUGGCAUCGCGCGUGUCCUCGGCGAGAUCCCGAACAAACUCUGCCACCUGAUCUUCUGGGUCUGGCUCGACCGCACUGGCCGUGCCAGCUCGCGCGAAGCUCUCCCUUCAAAAUAUCACCUGUGCGAUGCCCUGCGCGAGCAUGGGACGUCUCUAAUGACCAUGAACUUGAAACCGCAUAAAGUGUGUGAGGAUCUAUGGAAGGAGUCGCACUUCAAUCACCUCCAGAGGAUUGUGAUCGAUAUGGCGCAGUUCUCUCAUUGCUACAAGCAGACGAUCGCCAGAGGUGAAACCGACAAACACGAAGGUUUUUUCGAGGAUGCCUACAAGCUGGCCUGCUCUGAAGACCGACUGCCGUGCAUGGACGAGAGCCGUUUGUCCAUCAGACUUCACACCAAUGGACUUUCCUAUCACUAAUGGCAUUUGCUACAAGUGGUUUACUCACUGACGAGAUGCAUCUUCCCUUUGUUUUAAUGCUUCGCGGCGCUCUGGAGUCACACAAAACGUCAUUUCUGCAAUUUCAAAGGGGGAUUUCUCAUCGUCAGCGACCAGACAAGCGGGAGAUAUGAUUUGAUGAGCUUUUACUACGUUGUCUUUUCCUAAUACAUUUGUUCGGAGUUCUGU